AUGGCCAUCUUGCUUCGCUGCCCUGAUGUGGAGACGCUUCGGGCAUUAGUGCACGCCUCCCCGGCUUACCACGCUGCGUAUCGAAAAGUCAGAAACCAGGCUCUUUUUAAAGCACUCUGUGCAGAGUAUUAUGGAAUGGAAAGUGUGGAUGCAGUCGUGGCUCUUCGCUCCAGAGGCUUGUAUGCGGAUAUACCAUCUAACAAGGGAAAGAUUUAUACGCUUCUGGAUCAGUGGCAACGACACAAGGAAAUCCGUCGUCUGAACGAACCAUCGGCGGAUGAACCGGCUGAUCUUGACGAGAUUAUCCGACUGAUCAGGCUACAUAAGAUCAUGAAAUUCUGUCUUGUUGACUUUUGCAAUGCUGUGCAUCGCCCCGUGUGGAUUAACUCAGAACAGUGGAACAAUGAUGUCUUACCGAUAAGUCUAUCUCGCACCGAGAAGACCCGCCUUCUCAGGGCCCUUUAUCGAGUACAAAUAUACGCCAAUAUAUUUGGCCAUAGGGUGUUCUACCCGGGUGAGAAAACGCCAAUUCAGUGGAGAUAUAACUCCUGGGAGGAGGAGACCUUUGAAACGCGAGAGGUAUGGCGGUUAUUCAUGAGCCCGAUGGCACCAUGGGAGUUUCAAGAGUAUGGAUGUGUGUGGCAAUACAUCUACGAAAGAUACAGGCAACCAUAUCAAGAGGUCGCUGACUAUUUUGAUCAAUUCGAAAUGAUGCCAAUGGAACGCGUUGAAUAUAAGUACCAGAUUGACCCUCUCCCAACGAACUGUUCUUUGUUAGAUACCGACGAGGUCAGGGGCAACACGGAUAUACACAUGAGUAACUUGGCUACCAUGGGCCCAGUGUUCUUUCACAAGUUUAUUCGCGAUCCGUGCUUUCUGCAUCGCCGGGACAUGAUUGUGGUCAAUACAAGGUUCACUCCUUUUACUUUUGAUGAAGUGUCGCAUGAUCUGCAUUUCGAAGACAUGCAUCCCUUGCGGUAUCCCGGAUUCAAAUCUCCUGAUGACUUCCGAAGGACCAAAGGAUUGUGGAAAACUCUGUCACCUAUUCACCGACCGAAUAUCGCAUGUGCGCGGCUUUGGUUUAAGAAGCUGUCGGAAGACUGGUUGAUCUAUUCUAUGGGAUAUGAGGGAGAGGAAUUCUGGAAAUGGGGGUAUGCCAUCUGGGACGACGCGAGGCUGAUUGAAUGGAAAAAGCAGCUGUCUCUCCCGUUUUCCACCCCUUAUACAACGGAGCCAGGCAGGAGACCCUCGGAAGAUUAUCUCAUAUAUGAAAGAUUGCCCUCUUGA